AUGUCCACCACUGCGCCCGUGCUCGAUCUGGCCCAGCGGCCGCGACGCAACCGACGCACCCAGGCACUCCGUGCCGCCGUGCGGGAGACGUCUCUCAGCGCACAGCAUCUCGUGCUGCCGCUCUUCGUGCAGGAGGGCACCGACAAGAAGGAUGCCAUCGGCGCUAUGCCCGGCUGCUACCGCCUUUCCAUCGAUCACAUCGUCGCCAUCUCCAAAGAGGCGUACGAGGUGGGCGUUGCGGGUGUGGCCCUCUUCCCUGCGCUCGACGACACCGUCAAGAGCCGCACCGGUGACGAGUCGUGGAACCCGGAGGGAUUGCUGCAGCGCUGCGUGCGUGCCCUCAAGAAGGAGCUGCCCGAGCUGCUCGUCAUCACCGACGUCGCGCUCGACCCCUAUUCCUCCGACGGCCACGAUGGCUACGUGACGGACGAGGGGAUCAUCGACAACGACAUCACGGUGCCGCUGCUGUGCAAGAUGGCCGUGGCCCAGGCCGAGGCCGGCGCCGACAUGGUGGCGCCCUCGGACAUGAUGGACGGCCGCAUCGGCGCCAUUCGCAAGGCGUUGGACGAGAGGGGGUUCACGCAGGUGGCGAUCUGCAGCUACUGCGUCAAGUACGCGUCGUCGUUCUACGGCCCGUUCCGCGAGGCCCUCGACUCGGCCCCGCGCGCCGGCGACAAGAAGACCUACCAGAUGGACCCCGCCAACCGCACCGAGGCCCUUCGCGAAGGCGCGGACUGGCUGAUGGUGAAGCCGGGUCUGCCCUACUUGGACGUCAUCCUGGCGGUGAAGCAGGCCACCGCGCUGCCCAUCGCGGCCUACCACGUGAGCGGCGAGUACGCCAUGCUCAAGGCCGCCUCCGCCCAGGGCUGGCUCAACUACGACUCGUGUCUGCUGGAGAGCUUGCUGAGCCUGCGCCGGGCGGGCGCAAGCAUCAUCUUCACCUACGGCGCCAUUGACGCCGCGCGUCUCCUCCAGGACAAGACCAAGGCUGCCUACUACCAGUAG